AAGAAUAAUUUUUUUCAAAAAAAUGUGAUUUGAUAAAAAAAAAAUAUUUAAUUUGAGCGAAUAAUAAGAUUAACCGGUUCAUAAAUUUGAAAACCGAUUGUUAAAAAAAUUACCAAAGAAAAAACGUCUCCAUAAAAAAAUUAUUUUGCCAAAAAAAGUGCCUUGACAAAAAUAAAAUAAAAACGGCUUCUGUGCAAAUAAAUAUUAAAUAAAACAUAAACAAAACGAAAAGAGAAGCUCUCGUGAUGAUUUAACUUUAACGAUGAUGAUGUUGAUAAAAAGAUAAAAAAGAUUCUGUUUCCAUACGAAAAAAUUUACAAGAUCAAAUUAAAUCUGUGCCCAUUGUUUCUCUUUGAUAAAUAGCCGUUCAGGCAGGCAGUCAAAUAGUUCACAUUUUUUCGUUUUUUUUUUUGACAACAAACAAGCGACCCACCAGACUCUUCUAUCUUAUCGCAUUACAAAUAAAUAUAAAAUGAGACAAAAGAAGAAAAGUUGAGGAGAUCGAGAGUGUGCGUUAUUAGUGAUUUAGUGCCGUAAAUGACAAGUUCAUAAAACUAAACUUCAUCCUCAUCCAUUUAUUAUCAUCUCAAAUGCUAAUUAAGUAAAUAACCGAUUCGACGUACGACAAAAAUAAAUCAUUUUGAAAAAAUGCGUGGGAGUACUGCUGGUCUCGCUGACGGCGUUUUAAAUCCACGCAUCAGUUUUUACGCCAUUUUUCUGCAGAUUCUUGACAUUUGUUACGUGACAUUUGUCCUUGCGACUGUCAUUGUGACGUAUUGGCGCGGAACCUGGAAUCUCGUAGCACUUUAUCUGUAUCCCGAUAAUCCAACGUACAGUGCCUUGGCAUCGCUGGCCAUCGGAAUUAACGGGCAUCUGAUCUUUACGGGAUUUCAGUAUCACUUUCAACGGUAUUUGGAUCCUGAUAAGCAUCGGUUGCUGUAUUACGUGGGAUCGCGCCUUUAUACGUACGUCUAUGGGUUUGUGUGUGUCAAUGGUUGGAGGGGUGGAUGGGCCUUACUUGACCUCUAUACGCCACACAAUUGGUGGUUCAUACUAACGACGGUAGGGGUCAGUGUAGUUAUUUUAGCCUUAUUUAAGGGCUUACGAAACAUUUCGGCGGCUCCUUUUGUGUGCAUUAUCGACGAUUCGAAGGAAUAUUUUACGGUUCCGACAAUGUUCAAAAAGCGGGGUUCCCGCGAUCCUGGCUUGUACGUGUUGGACUGCAUUUUCUCUGUACUUGUGAUAGGAACGUUGGUAGUUUUUGUCUGGCGAGGCUUGUGGGUUUUCUUGGAUUUGGAACUUUUUCCCGAUAACCCGAUUUACUCUUCAUGGGGUUCAGUGUUGAUUGGAUAUUCGGUGGUUGCGAUCACGUUCGCCUUGCAACCGGUGAUGAAAUGGGCCUGCGAUCGUUUGGAAGGAUGGCAACGAGUGGCUGCGGCGGAUGUAUUUUUGUUUUUCAGCUUCAUUGGGACGAUUAAUGUUUGGCGUGGGGUCUGGCAUGUGCUUGAUAAUUAUUUUUUAACAGACAACAAGGAAUUAGGCGACUGGAUUACACACGGCGUUUCAAUAAUUCUCCUCAUCCUCCUCAAUUGUUCAAACUCGGUGCUCGUACGUGGCGUUUACAUCGACGCAGAAGAGCCCGCUGGCCAAUGUGUCAUCUUUCCCGUUUACUACAUCCGACUUUUCUUCCAAAAAGAACGCACGAAAAAGCAAAAACGUCUUUUGGAAACGCUCGAACGUCAAGAACAAAACAACAUUAGUCUCUUGGAGAACAACAUUAACGCCACAAUUGUCAAAAAUCGCAUCAUUAACACAAAUACUCAUGAUAACAACUUGAUAUCGCUGGAACAACAAGAGCUUCUCACAAAAAUCACCGUUGCCGAAGUCGAUGCCAACGAGAAUAACAAUAAGAAAAAUAACGAGCUAAACACGCUUUCCAAGGAAUCCUUCCAACGCGAAUGACUAAUAUAAAAAAAAAACCGGGAAGAGACGGUUUUAAAAACAUUCCUCUUUUUUUUGAGUACUAAAGGUGUCAAAUAUCACAAAAUUAAAAAAAAAAUACAGUAAUUAUUAAUUAAAUGUUAGCUACUCCCAAUUAU